CAUGUGUUUAUGUGGAAACAGAUUUUUAAAAUAAAGUAAAAUUAAUUUUAUAAAGAAAAAUGUGCAGUGUUGGGGACGAUGAUUACGACAAUCAAGCUGAAAAAACUAUGCGUAAAGAAAGCGGUAUAAAAUUAUCAGAAACGUGUAACAAGUGUAGAGUGGAAAAGUCUUGUGUUGUUUUACGAGGUAAAGAUGCCUAUUGUAAGAAUUGCUUUCUGAUUGGCACUAUUCAUAAAUUCAAAGCUUCGUUAGGAAAAUAUCGUCUUAUUCAAACAAAUGACCGUGUAUUAGUGUGGUAUAAAGUUGGUCAUCCGAGCACAUCUUUACUACAUUUUCUCAGAUCUGGAUUGGACCUAAUGGCUCAUAAAAGACUUCGGUUCCAACCUUUGAUUUUGUUUAUAGAUGAUCAAUAUCAUCUUAAUGUUGAUGAAAGAAAACUCCUUUUAGAGCAAGUAAAGAAAGAAGUAUCGUCUUUUGAUUUUGAAUUGCAUUGUAUUUCAUUUGCUGAUUAUAUUACUGAUCCCAAAAAACUGCCAGAACUUGUUACCACAAAUAUAAUUUCUGAAGAUGAUAAAGAGAAAUUAGAUUAUGUGAUAAAUAAAAAGGCUUCCAAGACUAACAAAAAUGACAUAAAAAGAUUGUUAAGGAGGCAGUUACUGAUAGAUGUAGCAAAAUACUAUAAAUGUAAAUUUGUAUUUACACCAGAAAUAUCUGUUGAUAUUGCUUCAGAUUUGUUGUCAAAUGUAUCAUUGGGACGUGGAUCACAUAUUUCAAUAGAUACUGGGUUUUGUGAUGAUCGUGACACAGAAGUUAAAAUCCUUAAACCAUUGAGAUUAUUUGAUAUGAAAGAACUGGCCUUUUAUAAUAACCACAACAACCUUGAGCCUUUAUCAGUCAGGCAAAUUGAAGUAAAUCCAUAUUCAUCUGUUCAAGAUCUAAUGACAAAAUUUGUAACAGACUUGCAAGUAAAUUAUCCAGCCACUGUUACAACUAUUUUAAAAACUGGUGAUAAAUUGAGUUUGAAUAAACAUAUUGAUGUUCAUUGUAGGUUGUGCAAGGGUCCUAUACCAGAAAUUGGUGAUCAGUUGACAUCACAACAGUCCACAAACUUCUCACAUUUGGUUUCUAAUGAAUUCCUAGAUUAUGGCAUUACAAGGCAGGAACGUUUUCAAAAUAUUUCAGACAAAUUUGAUCAGAAUUCUGAUGUUAAUGAUUCGAUUUGUUAUUCAUGUUCCAGCAUUUGUAAUGAUAUAUGUGUAAAAUGAUUGUUACCUCAAUAAAUAUAUGG